CCCAAAAGCUGCAGAUUUUCUGCACGGCCGCUAAAGCCGCUAAAAAGUGUCAACAGAAAUUCCCGUGUAAAUAGAAAGUGAUGGACGUUCUUCAGCCAGAACUUGUUUGGAUUGAAAAUCGCUGCUAUCGCAUAAAGUCCACGAAGGAAACUCAACAAUCAUCGCAGCAGCGUUUGGGCUACGUUGAGGCUGAUCUCGAGAGUGAGGAAGAAGACAUCCAGAUUGACUACGAGAUUAACAGGACUGGCGCGAACUCCUUCAACACCUCCUUCCACGUUCCGUCGGCCUUCCAUGGCAACAUCAUUGGUCAGAAGGGCGCCACGAGGAAGCGUCUGGAGAAUGAGACGAGAUCCCUGAUUCAAGUGCCGCAGAGGGGAAGCCAGGGGCCAAUUGUGGUCACAGCGCAGCGCGAAACGGACGUGGUGGCGGCCAGGAAGAAGAUUGAGGACAUUGUGGCCUCCGCGCGCCAGAGAAACGACAUAACGCACUUCCUGUCCGUUCCGUGCUGCAACGACAGCGUGAAGGCGACGUUUGGGCAGUUCCGGGAGGCUGUUUUGGCAGCACUUCCCGCUGACUGUCUACCCGAGAUGGUCCAGAUCCCCGAGAAACUGCAUAUGACACUCUCAGUCAUGAUCCUGAUGGACGACAAGGAGCGAACACUGGCCAAGGAUCUUCUGCACGGAGAGCAGGAUGCGAUCAGGGCAAUUCUGGCGGACUUUGGAGGCAAGGCAGAGGUCACAAUCAGAGGUGUGGACAUCAUGAACGAUGAUCCGGAAGCCACGAAAGUUGUUUACGCGAAAGUCGAAUCGGAAGCGCUGCAGAGAAUUGCUGAUCAUCUCGAUGGGGCUUUUAGGAAGAAAAGACUCGGCAAAUCGAAUAGGCAUCAGGACAGCGUGAAGCUCCACAUGACCGUGAUCAAUUCUGCAUUUGCUGCAAUUGAGCAGGAAGAGCCAAAGAAGUUUGUCCCUUUCGUCACAUUCAAUUCCUCGAGAAUUUUGCAGGAAUUCAAGGAUGUCUUCUUCGGAUCCUUUCCCUUGACAGAAAUUCACCUGUCCCAGAGGACUAGUUUUGAUGAUAAGGGCUACUAUAGAGCCACAACAAUUCUUAGUCUCUAGAAAUCUUGCUAGAAAUCCAUAGAAAUAAAAUGAUUUUUGGUGCUUGGAGAUUUUGGCGCGCUUUUCAUCACACG